AUGUUUUCCAGGUCCUUGGGCUCAUCGGUGAGUACUGCGAAGCUAUUUCUGCUAUAUCUCAUUUUUGCCUCUUAUCGUUCGCGAGCUUAUGACAAAAUUCCCCAGACGUUUCGGCCGCUUUUCCGACAGCCUCAAGUUUUGCAGCCUAGAAUUACGGGCCUUCAGCUGCCAUCUAUUUUCCAUGCCCGGAAUUUAUCCUCUGAGACGCGAACAGCAAUUGACAAGGCUAUCGCAUCUGCGCCUGUCGUUCUUUUCAUGAAGGGCACUCCGGAAACGCCGCAGUGCGGGUUUUCACGAGCCAGUAUACAGAUUUUGGGAUUGCAGGGUGUAGAUCCGAAGAAAUUUGUUGCAUUCAAUGUGCUGGAGGACUCGGAACUACGUCAGGGCAUCAAAGAGUAUUCCGACUGGCCCACAAUCCCGCAAUUAUAUCUGGAUAAGGAAUUCAUCGGUGGCUGUGAUAUACUGAUGUCUAUGCAUCAGAAUGGGGACCUUGCUAAGCUUCUGGAGGAAAAGGAAGUCCUAGUGGCCGCCGACUAA